AUGUCAAUGGAAAGCCCACGGCGCCGAGCGCCAUCUGCGCCGUCGACGACUUAUGACAUUAAUGGCACCAAUGAAGAUGAUAGAAUCGCCAAGGCCAGACGGGCCUCAGCCGCCACAGACGGCAAGCCAAGCCCCUUACCUGCGUCGAGUUCAACCCGCUCAAUGUCGCAUGGCACAUUGGCAACAAGCCGCAGCUCCGACACAUCGCCGUCGUAUAAAUUGACGCAGGACGAAAUCGACUUCAUCGCCCGGACUGAGACAUCGAGCUGGUACGCGCGGGCAGAACCGACAAAGGCGUAUGAGAGCGACACGGAGCCAGGAAUGGAACCACAUCUCCCCCGCAGGUCAGAUAGCAGCGAUAGCUACGGUAUGCGACCUUCAACAGCUUUAUCGGCGGCGACGACAGGGUGGCGGGCAGUGAACUGGGCAAGUGGGGGGCGAAGCAGCUCGAAAACGUCCAUGGACACACAAAAUGCUGCGAGUUCUAGUCCCAAAAGGUCGACGUUCGCGAGGUCAGAUCUGCCGAGGAAGUCAUCACUAGGUUAUGGCUAUAAUGAAUCAAGUAAUGGGUAUGGAAAUGUACAAAAGAUGGGAACGGGAGGAUUAUUACGGCCACAGAAGUUACGGCCACAGCGGUUGAAUAUUUUCGACGCUUUCGAUAAUACUUCAGAUUACUAUUCCGAAUCGGCAUUACGGCGCUUGCCAGAGGAAAUCAUAUUACUCAUAGUCGCAGAGCUCAGGACUGUGCAUCUGGAUGCGGACGAGAAGAAGAGGACAUGCCCAACUUGCUAUAUGCGAGAUGUAUGCAGCCUCACGCUCGCAAACCGCCAAUUUAUGGGUCCUGCGAAGAAAGUUAUGUACGAGACCAUCAUAACCACAGGAUCGGACUCUAUGGGCCAUAUUAAAAAGAGGUUCAGGGUGAAGUAUGGAACAAGGCUGAAGCUCCUCCGGAGGACAUUGCGGGCAAACCCUGGGCUUGCAGAGUUGGUGAAGACGAUACGAGUACCCUCGCACAUGGAGGCGGGUGCGGGGAGCUCGAAGAAAGAUCAGCUGCUAUACGACGAUAUUGUCGCAUCGAUUGUUAUGGCUUGCCCGAAUCUCGAAAGACUUGUUGGGUUUUAUCCCCAUUAUGACUAUGAUUAUUCACGCAUCUCUCAUGCGCUGAGCACCAGGACGAGGCUUGCGGAGCAGCUUUGGAAUAUCGAUGGACAGCCAUCAUUCCAGACUUCCUACGCCAGGUCAGUUGGUGGAUACGGGGUUCCACUGUCCGAUCAAGCUCGGGCGUUCAUCUCCCAUCAUUCCGGGUGGGAUUUCCUUCGUACCUUGGCAAUACACUGUAGACCGACCAGUGCUUUUGAUGCCUCGGUACUAGAACCACUUUGGAGCCAUCUUCCCUCCCUCCGUCAUCUGGCUCUCUCUUCCUUAUCACCCCCGCCAGAUUUUAUAAUGCAUCUCCCACCACUGGCCUCCCUCCACCUCUCAAUCAUCUCAACCGCUACUGCCCAAACUCUCAUCGACCUAACGAGAGCUCCACUUACCGCCACGCUCUCAUCUCUAACAUUAUCCUUACUUCAACCCGACGUCAUGUCCGUUGUGGCUAUUGGACGCAUCCUCUCAUCUCUACCCUCACUAUCCCAAGUCUCCUUCUUUUCACCAACACCGCUGGUUCUCCCUGCGGGGACAACCGUGUUCCUACACCCCUAUAUCGCCUCACCCAGGUUGAAGUUCCUGCAUUGGGAUAUCCCAUCUUCACCCCAGACUUCUGAGGUGAACUGCAACGACGCAAACUAUAUCCUCGCCAAAGCCAUUGAUGCAGGUGGAUUCCCAAAAUUGCGAAGGUUGAGAGCCCCGAGAGAUUACGAUGGGAUCUUACAACGCACCUGUCGCCCAAGUAGUGGAUUUGAUACUCCGCUAAUAGCACCAUCAUUUAAUGGGAAUGGAAGGAACGGGCAGAUACCCACAGGACGGAGGAAAGGCUCAGAAACUUCCAUGCCGAGUAACACAAGCGGUGCCAGCGGGCACGCAGCGAACGUCGACUCCUCAUCCGGACCAACCUCAGAACUGCGAGAGGCUCGACAGGCAGCCCAAGCAAGGAUCGACCUUGCAAAGCUAAAGCCGCGGUGGAAGAUAGCCUGCGAAGACUGGUCGACCCCCAACCAAGUUCGCGUCACUGCCCGCUUCGAUGCUGGAGGCUUCGUAGGGACUAUCGGGUCGCGAGUCACGUACUGGCUUGAAGAAGAUGGGAUUGAAGGGCUCGAGGGACUGCUUCAUGGGAGGUCCUCGUAUGAGGAGUGUAAUGGGAGUUGGAAUGCGAGACAGGAUGAGAAGAGGGGUUGGGGGAGUGCGGGGCCAGGGGCGGAAUGGCAUACGCCUAGGGAGAAGGGGUGGAAUAUUGAGAGCUUGGAUAGGCUUUUCUGAGGGGGGCUGGGCAGAAGUAACCUUGUUACCCUUUACCUCUUACCCAUUACCACCUUACCCUUUACCUCUUACCCUUUACCCACUUUUUAUCGAGGGCAAUUGAUAAUGACUAAGCCUUGUUGUUGGUGGCGCCUAAUAUGGGUAACGAACAGAAGCUAUUUUUAAGUGGCCGGAGGUUGACAGGGGGGAGUGUCCUGAGGUUGACCAGGGGGUGAUCACCAAAGCCAAAAACCGAAAACCAAAAACGGUUCCCGGCCGAAUGCCCCAAGCUUGGGUAGGAUGUCCCAAGCUUGGGACAUUUGGUCAAAAACGACAUUUGGUGCUUGACUUCGGGAGAGUCACGUCUGCCAUUCCAUUGUUGGCUGAAGCUACCUCUGACUUACAUGAAGCUACUUCUGAUUUGGAUGAAAGAACUUCUGACCUUGUUACUGAAGCCACCUCUAACGUGAAUAAUCACCACAAUCAAGGUCUGUUUCAAAUACUCGACAUUGGUCUUUGUUACACGGUCCAUUCACCAUUGUCUCCAUAAGUCAAUUCAGACUCGACUCGAGUAUCGAUACUAAGGGGGUCUUUGUUAAACUAGCUGUUCGCCAUAA